UGGAUGGAACCGCCGACACCAGCUUCCGUGUGAAACAAAUCAACCCUCUUCUAACCAGAGUUUUUAACUUUUUAAAAACGCAGAAACGAAUAAAGUGAGAUGUUGAGAACUCUGUGUUUUUUUGUGGGUCAAAAGCUCUCUCCCCCCUUUCUCUCUUCUUUGUCUCUGACCCUCAUGUAGAGAAACAGAGGUUUUAGAGAUCUCUCAAGAAGCUUUUUGACAUGGAAAAGUUAACACUUGGUUCUGAGACUGUAGACUCAGAGCUCUAUUUAGCUCUGGGUGUGACUGAAUCGGGCAAAGGAGUUACAGGAACCCACCGAUUAUUGUCUCUCCUGUCUUCACUUCUUGAGAGAUCCGUUCAAAAGAAUGAAAAGUUAUUGGAUUCCAUGAAAAAGAAAGAUGUGGUUACAGUUUUUCAUGGCUUAAGAGCACCCACCCUGAGUAUUCAUCAAUACAUUGAUCGCAUCUUCAAGUACUCAAGCUGCAGCCCAUCCUGUUUUGUUGUUGCAUAUAUAUACAUGGAUAGAUUUCUCCAACGCACAGAUAUUUAUCUCACUUCCCUCAAUGUUCACCGGCUUCUAAUCACUAGUGUAAUGGUGGCAGCAAAAUUCCUUGAUGAUGCAUUCUUCAACAAUGCCUAUUAUGCCAAAGUGGGAGGAGUAAGUCUUGCAGAGAUGAACAGGUUGGAGAUGAAGUUCCUAUUUACUUUGGAUUUCAGACUCCACGUUACAGUGGAGACUUUCAAGUCUUACUGUUUGUUAUUGGAGAAAGAAGCUGCUGGAGGGUAUAAGAUCGAGCGGCCGAUCCAGGUCUGCAGGUUGAAGGAAAGCUGGCCAAAGAAGGAUGAGCCGAAACAUGCAACCACGAUUGCGAGAUACAGUUGUUAGUCAUAUGUAAUACAGAUUCUGUAUGUCAACUUUAUUUUGUUUAUCAUUUGUGUUAGAAGUCAAGUAACGAUGUCAAAUAUGCUUACAUUUGUAGUCAUAUGUAACAGGUUACUACAGUCAGAGCAAUUGACUGCAGACUUGAUUGCA